AUGGCUCGCAGAAAGGCAACCGCGGAGGAGCUCCGGAGGCUGAACAAGGCUCGUGAGUUCAAGCGAAAGAGAAACAUGCUCAAGGCAGCAGGAGCAGGACCGGACAAGGGAGAGGAUGUUUGUGCAAUUUGUGACGAUGGUGGUGAUCUAACUUGCUGCGAAGGUUGUUGCCAGAGGGCUUUCCACCUUGAUAACAAACAUAAUUGCAUCAAAACACUUGGGCUAACUAUAGAAGAGGCAAAGAACAUAAUUGAGAAGGAAGAUUUUGUAUGCAAGAACUGCCAGUACAAGCAGCAUCAGUGUUUCGUUUGUGGAUCGUUGGGGUCUUCAGAUGACACAUCAUCACAACCUGAGGUUUUCCAAUGUGAGCAUGACGAUUGUGCACGCUUUUACCACCCUAAAUGUGUUGCUCAAAUGCUAUACCCAGAUAACCACCAUAGCCAAGAGCUUUUUGAGCUCCAGGUCGCUGCCGGAGAGAGAUUCUCUUGUCCUAUGCAUGAAUGUAUUGUGUGCAUGGAAGUAGAGAAUAAGAAUGAUAAGAGUAUGCAGUUUGCAGUCUGCAGACGCUGCCCAACUGUUUACCACCGGAAGUGCUUGCCAAGUGAUAUCCUUUUCAAACCGAAGAAAGGUCCCAAGGGUGCCAUGCGAAGGGCGUGGAAGAACAUGCUUCCGGGUCGAAUUUUGAUAUUCUGCAUGAAGCAUGAGAUCGUAAGGAAACUACAAACUCCUGCAAGGAAUCAUAUCAUCUUUCCUGAAGCCAAUGUGCUGAAAACGUUUCAAGCUGCACCCAUGGAACAAGAUAUGCCUGAGCAAAAAGAGGCACCGGACCACUCGUUGCCGGUGCAAAUCCACUCGCCGCCUCCACCGGCUGCAAGCGACCAGAAUCAGUGCUGCUGUUCUAGCCCUUUCGACUCAUUUGCUCCAAGUUCCUUGUUCAUGCAUCCGCAUCCAGGCUCCUGUGGUUGGCUCGACGACUGA